AUGGAGGCCGAGUUCGUCGAACCAAGCGAGGUCGCGCGCGAAGUGCUCGGACUGCGCGAGAUGGUGCGCGAAGUGGGACUCGAGCCGGCGCUCCCGAUGCAGCUGCACGCUGACAACCAAGCGGCGAUCAGCCAGAUCGCCGGCGAGGCGUCGUCGCUGAAGGCAAAACACGUGGACGUUCAGCUUAAGUUCCUCUGCGACUUCGCGCGUCGUGGUGUUGUAGUGGCGAUCUACGUGCGGUCGGAGCAAAUGCUGGCGGACCUCAUGACGAAGGCUCUGGAUGCGACAAAGCUGAGAACGUUGCGCGAGCUCAUGUGCAUCGGCUAG